AUAGUACUUCAAAAUAACUCCAACGACCAUGUAAAUCUCUCUUACGUAUGAGCUGCACUGCAACCUACGCGUGCUUGACUUGCUUGGUAGUCGACCAGCAAUUAUUGUAAGGGAUUGGCCCUCAUCGCACUGCUGUCUCCGGCCCAAUGAUUUAGGCUUCUCAUCAAUGGAUUCUCUGUAUGACCAUUGACAAAUUCCAAACCGUGGCAUGUAUAGCCUCCGCCAAAGAACCCUUCUCCUUCUGCUUGUAUAAAGCUACCUAUAGCAGAAGAGGCUGAUCGGCUGAGCUCAUCGCACAAAAGAUAUAUAAGAACCACCAAUUGGUAACCACAAGCAAGCAAUAUAUAGAGAGUCAACCUUGCAGCGGCGAUGAAGAUAGUGCUUAAGGUGGCGAUCACCUGCAAGAAGUGCAAAACCUGCGUCCUUGGGAUCACCUCGAAAGUUAAUGGGAUCAAGUCCCUGACAUACGACGACGAGAAGAGCACUCUUACGGUGGUCGGAGACGUGGACGUGGUGGUCAUCGUGGACGCGCUGCGCAAGGCGAAGCAUCCGGCGGAGGUGGUGUCGGUGACCGACGAGAAGAAGGAGGCCGAGGAGAAGAAGAAGAAGGAGGAGGAAGAGAAGAAGAAGAAGGAAAAAGAGGAAGAGGAGAAGAAGAAAAGGUGCUGCCCCAAGCCGCCGUGCAAGCCGUGCCCUCCGCCUCCUUGCAGUCCGUGCCCUCCGCCUCCUUGCACGCCGUGCCCUCCUCCGCCGUGCCCUCUGCCACCGUGCCCACCGCCGUACCUCAAGCCGUGCUACAUCCCCAUCGAAGACGAGUAUCCCGGGCCCUGCACCAUCGUCUGAGACUGAGAGAGCAACACCGUGGCCAUCCAUACCAGUUCCUCGCUGAUGGAAAAGCCACCACGCACUCUUCCAGAAGAAGGCAUUUGAGUUUCAGCUGUAGCGCCAUGCGUCAAUCAUCGGUUUGGAAGAAAUGGUUUCCAAUUUUCCAUGCACAUUCUCUUUCUGUCCUUCUCGUUCUAUGGUUCUAGCGUGCUCUUUCUCCAUCUACCAUAUUAUUGUAAAUUGAUAGGUGUCUGAAUAAUAUGAUAUAACAGACACGUUCAGGU